AUGUCUGCUCCAAACGUUUCCAUCCUAUCCAAGAACGAAAAGAAGUCUAAGGACUUACUAUUGAAACUAGGUCUAAAGAGAGUCCCAGGUAUCAUCAGAGUUGCUUACAGAAAGAAGAACAACGAAAUUAUUGCUAUUGAAAAGCCAGAAGUUUACAGAACUGCCGGUGGUAACUACGUUGUCUUCGGUGAACCAAAGGUUGACGAUUUCACUCAAAAAUUAGCUGCUGCUCAAGAACAAGCUCAAGCUUCCGGUAUCAUGCCAAGUGAAGCUGAUGUUGCUACUAAGUCUCCAGCUGAUAUUCAAGCUGAUAUGCAAGCCGCCGCUGACGCUAUCGAAUCUGGUGCUGAUAAGAUUGAAGAAGCUGAUGAUGCCGAAGUCGACGCUGGUGAUUUGUCAAAUGAUGACAUUGAAUUGGUUAUGCAACAAGCUAACGUUGCUAAGAAUGAUGCUAUCAAGGCUUUGAAGAGCCACAACGGUGACAUUGUUAACGCUAUCAUGUCUCUAUCUAAAUAG